GGCUGUGAUGAGGGAGUGAGGGCAGCAGGAGGAUCGGAGUGGAUUUUAACCAGGGAUUGGGGAAGGGCAACCUCCACAAGGCACGGCAGGGUUGUGGUGACGAAGCCUGGGCAAUGGCUCAGACCCUGCAGCUGGAGAUUCCCAACUUUGGGAACACGGUGCUGGAGUGCCUGAACGAGCAGAGGCUGCAGGGCCUGUACUGCGACACCUCCAUCGUGGUGAAGGGCCAGACGUUCAAGGCCCACCGCGCCGUGCUGGCGGCCAACAGCUCCUACUUCCGCGACCUGUUCACCGGGAGCACCCGGGCCGCCUUCGAGCUCCCGGCGGCUGUGCAGCCGCAGAGCUUCCAGAACAUUCUCAACUUCUGCUACACGGGAAGGCUGUGCAUGAAGGCGGGCGAGCAGUUCAUGCUGAUGUACACGGCCGGCUUCCUGCAGAUCCAGCGCAUCGUGGAGCGUGGCACCGAACUGCUCUCCAAGGUCAGCUCGCCCAGGUGCGACUCGCAGGGCCUGAGCGUCGAGGAGCCCGCCUGGGAACCCCCCAGCCCUGCCGCAGCCGCCCCUCACCCCCUCCCCCUACCCCUGGCCUCCCGUGUCAAGGUGGAGCAGAGUGAGGGGGCAGGGAUGGGUUUGCCCCGAGGCCGCCGGGCUGGGGAGGGACCCUCCGGGAGCAGCGCCAAGUCGGCCCGCCUCUCCCACGAGGGUCCGGCCUACCCCGCCGCACUGCCCCGUGACCUCUCCAGCCCGGGAGCCAGCAGCGUCCACCCCAGCGACAGCCCCUUCUCCUGCCAGAACGACGAGGAGGACGACGAGGUGGAGGAGGAGGCAGCGGGAGAGGAGGAGGGGCUGGAGGACAUGACCGAGGAGCAGUACGUCCAGAUGUGCAGCAUGUACAAUAUCAUGAGCGUCCCUCAUGUCGCCCAACCGGAGCGGGUGGAGGCACUGCCUGAUCACGUGGACGGCCGGUCGAGGAUGAGAAUUCGCCACGAUCUGGCGGUGCUGCCGGCUGACCUGAUUAACCAGAUCGGUCAUCGCUGCCACCCCAAGCUGUACGUGGAGGGAGACCCCACUGAGAAGCUCGAGCUGGUGACAGGUACAAGUGUCUACAUCACACGAGCUCAGCUGAUGAACUGUCACAUCUGUGCAGGCACAAGGCACAAGGUUUUACUCCGGAGGCUGCUGGCUGCCUUCUUCGAUCGGAACACUCUGGCGAACAGCUGUGGCACCGGAAUCCGUUCCUCCCUGUGCGAUCCGAGCCGGAAACCUCUCGAUAGCAGGAUACUCAAUGCCAUUAAAGUCUAUUGUCAGAACUUUGCCCCGAACUUCAAGGAGAGUGAGAUGAAUGCCAUUGCCGCUGACAUGUGCACCAAUGCCCGGAGGGUAGUCCGCAAGCACUGGAUCCCCAAGCUCAAGCUGAUGCUCGCUGAGGGCGACGGCGUCUACCGCUCUGUCAUCACCGACGCAGCAUCCGGCAAUUUGCCAGACGGUGUGUCUGGGAACCAGGAGGUGGAGCUGCAAGGAACUGGGCAAAGGCAUGAGGCCAGUGGGAUGAGAGCCUCUGGCACUGCCCACAGAUAUGAGACAGGCUUCCCGGAGGGUCUGGAAGACACCGGGAGCGGUAUCGUGGAGGCUCCGAACUAAUGGAGCCCUGCCAGACGUUCCCAGAGUAGGAGCCAUGCUCUGCAGGGGAGACAGACUGCCGUGCGCAUGGCCUGAUGAACUGGGGAUUGUUGGUGUGAGCUGGAUAGCCGCUGUGUACUGAGCAAGGAGGAGGGCAUCGCAGAAUCUCACCCAGGCAAUGAACUCUAUCGCUGCUGGGCACUGCAUUUGGUUCAUUUGCAACUGGGGUGAUGUGACCAUGAGUGUAAAUCAAGAAACAACAACAAAAAAAGGAAGACUUGCAUUUAUAUAGCAGCUUUCCCCUCAGGGCAUCCUAAAGUGCAUCACUGUCAAAGCAGUACGUACUCUCGAAGUGCGGCCACUGCAGGGAAUGUGGCAGCUAAUUUUCACAGAGCAAGAUCCCACAAACUGCACUGUGUGAUGAUGAUGGUUUGAUCUGUUUUGGUGCGUGUUCAUUGAGGGACAAGUGUUAGCCUCAGCACUGCAGAGAGAUCCCCUGCCCUUCAGGUACUGCUCACCUGAGAGGGCACCCUGACGUUUAAUCUGAAAGCUGCACCUCUGACAACGCAGCACUCCCUCCACGCAGUUCAAGCGUGUCCCAGUCUAAAUGGUGGGACUUGACCCCUCGAGUUUCUCUCACACACACGGUGUGGCUGGCAUAUUAAUAGACCCAAUAGUGCCUCAAAGGGCAGGGAGACAACUCGCUGCUGAACUCUGGUCAAGAAUUUAGGUCCAGAGACUAAGCCCAGAUGGAGAUGUUGUUAAAAAAUAAUAUUUAUUCUUUGAGGUGUGGAUGGUUUUUUUUGCAUUUGUUGUAACUGUCCCUGAACUGAGCGAUUUGCUUGAUGAUUUGAAUUUAGAGUCUGCCACAUUCGCUAUGAAUCUGGAGUCAUGUGUAGGCCCGACUGGGUAAGGAUGGCAGAUUUCCUUCCCUAAAGGACCAGAAGUGAUCCUGAUAGGUUGGUGAACAACUGAUGCUGGUUGCCAUGGUCACCGUAACUGAGAAGGGCUUCCAAUUCCCCGUUGAUUCGUGGCAUCGAAGUUUCACCAGUUGGUGGGAUUUGAACCCGCUUUCCCCAGAGCAUUGGUCUCUGGAUGAUGCCCUGUCCGAGUGACCGGGCCAACAACUGCUCGAGUGGAGUGUUGACCGAGCAAAGUUUUCAUGAGGAACUCGGUCAUCUCCUUGCUCAAACACACUCGGCCCCAUUACUUUGUGCUGGCUCCACGCUCUGUGGGACCCAAAGCCCACUCUUCACAGUAAGUUCGCCAUCGAACUCUCCAAGAGCAAUUGCAAAUAGUCAGCCACUUAACCAUGUUGUGAGUGAAUCGCCUGCAAGCCCACUGCUCCUCUCCAGCGUACCGUGCUGGUUUAGCAGGCAUGUAUAUAUCAUUACCAAACCAGGCCAUUCGGCCCAGCAGUGUUUACGACCCACAUUAACCUCCCCCUCAUUGUUACCAUGAAGGCCCCAUCUUCUCAAAUUCACCCCUCACCCGAGACGUGGUCACCCUCAAGUUAAACCACCACCACUCGUCUCUCUCUCUCUCUCUCUCUCUCUGUCUGUCUCUCUCUCUCUCUCUCUCUGUCUGUCUGUUUCUCUCUCUCUCUCUCUGUCUCUCUCUCUGUCUGUCUAUCUCAAGUAGUCCCCCACAUGGGAUCAAUGUGGAUUUCACCAGUUUCCUCAUUUCACCUCCCCCCAACCUUAUCCCAGAUCCAACCUUGCAGCUCGGCACUGAGCUCGUCAACUGUCCUACCUGUCCAUCUCCCCUCCCACCUAUUCACUCCACCCUCAACUCUGACCUAUCACCAUCACCUCCACACCCCCUCCCCCAUCUACCUAUCACAUUCCCAACUCCCUUCCCCCUAGCCUCUUCUCUUUCCCCCCCCCCCAUUUAUUUCUCCACCCCUUUUGCCCACAAGCCUCAUUCCUGAUGAGUUUAUGCUUGAAACAUUGAUUCUCCUCCUGCUCCUGGGAUGCUGCCUGACCGGCUGUGCUUUUCCAGCACCAUACUCUUCGGCAACAGCUGUGCCCACUUUCUCUUCCCUGGGACUAUGGCAACUUUACCUUUUGGAGAGGUUGCAACUGUGUUUCUGAUUGAGAAAUCAUGAGAGUUAAGUGUAGUAUUGAGAUUACACUGCUAAUGUACCACUAAGCCCAGGCCAUAUCUGGUUCUUAAAUUGACUAAUAACAAUGCCAUGGAAACCAGCAGGAUUUCCAGUGGAGGAGUAGAGGUGUCCACCAAACAGAGUGAAAGGGUAAUUGAGGGUAUUGUUGUUUGUGGCAUCUUGCUGGCACAGAGCGGCUCCUAUUUUCACCUGCAAAAUGGCGAUCAGCCAAUGAAACGAUCAUUGUUUUACGUGACAGAUGUAUAAAUGCAAGUCUCUGACCUAACCGUUGGGAAUGCCUUCUGAAGUGAGCUUCCCAUGAUCUUCUGUACUACAAACAGGUCCCAUGUUGGCCCAGUUUCCUACCACCCAGUUUGGCUCUGACCACUUUCCUGGCUCUCUCCCAUCCCUUCCUGUCUGAAAUACUAAUGACUAAAUAUGUUGCUUCCAAAGCAUCUGUAAUCUGACCUGGCAGAGUGGGUACUCCAGGUGAAAUGGGGACAGGGGAAUAUUUGGUAGCAGAAUUCGGAAGAAAGUAUGCUUGGCAUUUGCUUGACAGAAUGUAUUGACGUCAGUCACUGAAGGCAGUUGGCCUCAUGAUUUCUGUGUUCCUGAGGUGCACCCCCCCCCGUCAUUGUGGAGCUUGUUUAGUCAUGGAAUUAUUGACAGUGUUGGACUUGAGGCAAGAAACUUAGGGUGUCACUAAUUGGAGUGGCUCUCACUCUGUUUCCUUGAAUGGGCAGUCAGCAAUGGGUAAUGUCCUUGACAAUUAGGAAUGUCAAUUGUACUUUGAACCCUGACUUCUGCAAGAACAUGAAUGGUUUUAGGCUUUGGUGUUUGUAAGACUCUUCACUUCCUCUUUGACAGUGGAAGGGUUGGCUGUGGGAUGUGCAUCAGUGAGUGGCCCCAUUCAUUCACAGCAAGUCACUCCGAUGGACCCUUUCAAUUUCACACCACUUUACACACCAAGGCGCUAGCCCUGCUCUUCAAUGAAAUAGUUAGUGUGACGUUGUAGCUCCUAUUAAGCCAGCUCCAUGCUCCUUGUUUCCAUUGGACUUUGUGGUGUCUCCCUGCAGAGAAAAUCUCAUAUCAUGGGAGGCAGCUACCGUAACGUCAUGACAUGCGGGAGCUUCCAGGAUCUCAAUCUUGCUUGAACCCCCAAUGUCACCAUUAUUAGGGUCUUUCAGCUGCUCUGUAUGUUGUCCAGGUACAGUGACUUGGGCUGAGGGAAUGUUCAGCCUGACUUCCUGCUCUUUAUGACUCAUUCUGUCUGAGCUGGGGACAGUGGGCCAGAGCUUGGUUAACCAUUCCUUUCAGGAUGUCCUCGGUUGCUGUGACUGUGUGCUUGCCAGAUGCAGAGGACACGUUAGGAUCGACCACAUUCAUGUGGUACUGGAGUCACAUAUGGACCAGGAGUGAGGGAGCCUUUUUAUAUUGAGCCUAGGUGAGCCCACAGCUGGAGCAACAUGUCCAGUUUUCGUCUCCUUACCUCAGUGGGAGCAAUUGGAGUUGAUUGGAGUAGAUCCUGACUUGAGAGAGCUCUUCAACGGUGCAAUCAUGUAUAACGGGCCCAUGUUGUCCAGUGUUGAGAAGAUCGACAGCAGAUUUGAUAAAAAUGUCCAGAAUGAGGUAGAUGGGAGAGUUCACUUUCACCGGCCAGGUCAGAAACAGGGAUCAGAGUUUCUAAAUGAUAACAGCCAGGUAGGAUUAGUUUAGGAACGUGGUCAGCGUGGACUGGUUAGCACCGAAGGGUCUGUUUCGAUGCUGCGUGGCUUUAUUAACCAUCUAUGAAGUGGAAUCUCUACAUGAGGAAACUUUGGAAAGUUAUACCCCAAAGAGGGCUGUGAAAGCACAGUUAAUGUGUGCAUUUGAAGGCAGAGAUCGAAAGAUGUUUGCACUCGGAAGGAGUCUGAGAGAUGGGGUGGAAACGUGAAUGUGAAGUUAAGGAUUAGCAAUGACCUUACUGGAAGGCAGAGCAGGCUGGAGUAUGCUCAUUCUGCCCCUUUUAUUGAGUGUGAGCUGAUUCAGUGAGGAGAGCAGACUUUCUCCCCAGUCCAACCCUCCCCAGGGAGCCAUUAAGUUUCUGAGAGUUUUUUUUUCCACUAGUUUAUCUAUUUAUCUUCAAAUGUUUAAAAAUUUCAAACUGCAUUGGUUUCUCACAGGCCUCUGGUUAACAAUUCAGUAAAAAUAACUCCCAUUACCAUGUGUGAACACUACACAAUUAAUUGGACACCAGUUUAAGCAGCUAUAUUGCUGACUAAUAAAACAAUUAAAUGCUCAUUACAAUGAUGUUAUCUACAGUGUGGUUCCCUGUAGACAGAUGUGAGUCUCUCUGCAGUGGUGUCUGUAAUUUUGCAGCCAAUUUGCAUGCAGCCAUUUCCUACAACAGACAACAUUGUAAUAAUUAUUACAGAUUUAUUGAUUGCAGGAUGGAUGUUGGCCUUAUUCUUUAAGAUACUUGACCUGACAGAGCUGUUGUGAGCUUGGUUUAACAUCUCAGCUAAAAGGUCGUGCGGCACCCCCUUCAGUACUGCACUGCACUCUCAGCCUGGAUGAUGUGCUUAUGUCUCCAUUAUGAUUCUGAGGUGAGAGUGCUCCCCACUGCAUCAGAGCUGAGGGCCAUAACUCUGCACCCAAGAUUGGCAUUUAGAAGUUGAAGUGCUAAUAAAUCAUUUAUGAGAA